AUGGCGUCCGCGCGCGCGCUGAGUGAUCGACUUCGAACGGCGUUCGCCGAGUUAGAGGAUGGGUUUAAAAGACGAGAUGUCUUGGAUAAUCCCGACGUCGCGAUGUCGACGCAGCACCUGAAGAAGCUGACGAAUAAGAUGGCGGACACGAAGAAGUUGAUCAAGGAAUACGAGCGCGUGGCGCUGAGCGAGGGGUCAAUGGACGCGGAGAGUUUGGCGAGCAUGAAGAAGCAGUACGUGUCCAAGUUAAAUAAUUUUGUGCAGAUGAAGAAGGAGGAGCAGACAAAGCUCACGGCUCGGGCAAACGCGGCGCAGUCGGAGGAGAGCGCGCGGGGAUCGUCUUCGGCGACGUCCGAGCGGCCUGCCGCGACAGCCUCGGGAGCGUCGGCGUCGACGUCCACGGCGUUCGCGUUGCCGGCGUUUAAGCCUAAAAAUAAGGAUAUCAUCUUAGAGGACGAGCAGUUGAUGCAGAUGGAGGCUGGUGAUUUGAUCCAGCACGGAAGGAAUGUGAUGGACCAGACGGACCAGAGCAUCAUGCGAAGCGAGGCAGUAGUUGAAGAGACAAUUCAAAUUGGCGCGCUGACGGCUGAGGCACUGCGCGGUCAGACGACGCAGUUAGAGCGCAUCGUGGACGAUCUCGAUGAAAUUCACUUUUCACUGAAAAAAUCGUUCGCGGUAAUCAAGGACAUGACGCGAGGGCUGGCCACGGACAAGUGCAUCAUGCUCUUGCUGUUUCUUGUCAUCGCGGGCGUCGUGACGGUGGUCGUCUUGCGCUUUUUGAAAUAG